AUGUCUUCUGGUAACUCCUCCAUCACCGUUGCCUUCUUCGGCGCCACUGGCGGUGUCACCAAUGCCAUCCUGGUCCACACUCUCAAGGCCGGCUACAAAGCGGCAGCUCUCGUGCGCACUCCAGAAAAGCUGCGCAUCCAGCUCACCAACCAAGGACUCGACGAAGCCCUCAUCAACAACCAACUGACUUUCGUCCAAGGCAACGCGCUCGAGGUCGCAGCCGUCAAGCGGACCUUGGCAGCCUCUUCACCCGCUGGCCUCCCCACUCACGUCGUGACAGGUCUCGGUGGCUCCGCCAAGUUGGCAUUCGAUUGGCGCCAUCCAGGCCACAUCGCCGCCCUCGACAACCCCACCAUCUGCGAGACCGCGGCACAAACCCUUCUGACUGCCAUGCACGAGAUCUACGCCGAAAACCCCCACUUGAAAGCCACCAAGCCCCUUUUGACUUUCAUUUCCACCACGGGUAUCACUCGCGGGCCAGAAGACGUGCCUUUGGCCAUGCGUUUUCUUUAUCACCAGGCCCUUGCCGUGCCGCACGUAGACAAGAAGAAGAUGGAAGACUUGUACCGUGGAGAUGCGGAAAAGGAGGAUUCGGCAUUCCGCAACAUCGUGGGCAUUCGACCUACUUUGCUCGCUGGGGGUGUCUCGUACACUGAUGCUGCGGGUCUCGAUCAGGUCAGGACUGGUACCGAACCUCAUCCGGCUUUGGGAUAUACCAUCAAGAGAGCGGAUGUCGGACAUUGGGUCUUUGAGAAUAUCAUCAACGAGGGAACGAGGAUGAAGAAGUGGGAGGGCGAAAUGAUCACUUUGACCAGCUAA